GUCCGAGUUAGUCGUCAUUAAUGACAGAAAAGGUUCCCCUUCUAUGCCGAGCACGUAGAUUACCACUGCACACAUCGAUACGCCCUGAUCUUUUGUUUCACCAGAAUGGGGGCCAUCAGUUAUUCCAGUCUGAAAUCAGCCGCGUCUACAAUGAGACUCAAGUUCAUGGCCUGAAGGCGGCGGUUUUCUUAUUUCGUGGGCCGAGUGGAAUCGCCCAACUGGCUAGUCUGUUUCUUCAUCUACCCGGUUCCAGCAUCACGUCUUCGUCAGUCGUGCUAACAUUCGCCACUGUUGGCCUUACCCCCCAACAAUUCCCCGCCAGUCAUCUCUAUAAUUGUGCGCUUUUUCAGGAUAGUUCAAACAUCAUGGUCAACUAUUACGAUGAUAUGGCUUCCGUCAAGCAAAUGUGUCAAACUUGCAGUUUACUGUUCAGAUGGCAAGGAAGCAUCUAUAAGAUUUUAUGGCGUCAAGUCUUGAUGUAUUUCGUGACUUAUAUAGCAUUAGGACUGAUGUACAAAUUAGCACUCAACGAAGAAGACCAAAGGACGUUUGAAAAAAUUGCUCUUUGCUGUGCCAAGUACGCCGAUAGUAUCCCUGUGGUACUUUUCCUCGGAUUUUUCACCGGAACAGUGAUGCAGCGAUGGUGGGCUGUAUACGCCGCAAUACCUGGAACAGGAAAAAUCAUUACUUUGGCCACGUUUUACAUGCAGAAGAAUAAUCCGCAAACAAGCAAGUGGCUGAGAACUCUUACGCGCUACCUGAUUCUCGCAUGGAUGUUGACAAUGAGGACGACAUGCAGGCCCUUGAGAAAUAAGUACCCUUCGCUAGAAUCUAUGCAACGAGCUGGAUUCCUGUUGAAACACGAAGCCGAAAUUCUGGCCCUGGACGAGGAAAAGAAUCACAAGUGGUCAUUGCGUGUGGUCAAUUGGGCAUUAAUACUUGUCAGACAAGCGCGCGAUGAAGGAUAUUUCGACAAUCCUUCCGACGCAACUCGUCUCCUCGAUCCGAUUGUCGCUUUCAAAAAAUCCUGCUCCAUCGUCUUGAAAUAUCAAAUAACUGCUAUCCCCCUCUCCUUUGUUCAGGCAGUGACAUUGACGGUGCAAAUUUUCGGUCUCGUAAGCCUCAUGGGCAAGCAGUUUGUCGAUUUUCCGACCAAACUUCUUGUUAUUGAUUGCUAUCUCCCUAUAUUGCCAGCAAUGCAGUAUCUGGCUUACUUGUCUUGGCUGAAACUGGGAGAAGUUGCUGUCAAUCCCUUUGGAGAAGACGAUGACGAUUUUGACAUUAUCGGGCUAUUCGAAAACCACGUUGAGCUUGCUGGUGAUUUGCUGAAACUCUUUGAGCUUGAUCAGAAUAAUCCGGUGAAAGAAAGUCUGGAACAAAUGAAUUUUACACUGUUUAAAUUGGAUGAAAAGAUGGAUCAGAAACCAGAAAUACCUUCUGAAGCUCUUAGUACAUCCGAAGAAAUCCCUUUCAUGGAUGACGCGGAUGAGCUUGAAGUCAUGAUCAAUUCAUGAUCAAAUCCUGUAAAGACAACUCAAAUUGUCCUUACAGUUCUCUCAAAUAUUUUUGCGAGAUACGUGACCUAAAAAUUUGAACAUUUACGUCUUCAUUUGCCUCUUUAUUAUGCAUCCUGUGGUUAAGAUUGUUUUCUUCUUCAAUGAUAAUGUCUUGCAAUUCGGUCAUUUGAUCUGAACAUCUGGCUGCAUGUAUGGCACGAUUCCUAAGGAAAAUAGCCUUCCGUAUUUUUAUUGAUUAGAAUUUGUAAAUUUCUUAGCAGCCUGGGUCAUUUUGAAGAAUUAACUAUAAUUAUAGACUAUUAAAAUUGUGCAUCGGAUGCAUUUGAAUUACUGCCAUAUGCGUGAUUUCCAAAUAAAAUGGCUAGUUUUCAA